AUGACUAAGAGUAUCGGACCUGUCAAGGUUGACAGCGUAGAUGUCGCUAAACAGUUGGUGGAACAGUACGACACCUUUUUGUUUGACUGUGACGGCGUUCUAUGGCUGGGCUCUCACCUACUGCCUCACAUCAAAGAGACGCUAGAUCUGCUUGUGGCGCACCAAAAGACACUGUACUUCGUCACCAACAAUUCCACCAAGUCUCGGGCCGCGUACGCCAAAAAAUUCGCAUCCUUCGGCAUCAUUGUCAGCGAGGAUCAGAUCUUUACGUCCGGAUAUGCCUCUGCGCUUUACGUCAGGGACACGUUGAAACUACAACCUGGAAAAGACAAAGUGUGGGUGUUCGGAGAGUCCGGAAUUGUGGAAGAGCUUAAACUGAUGGGUUACGAGUCUCUAGGUUGCAACGACCCACGUCUGGACCACCCCUUCGACAUUGCAACUUCGCCUUUUAUCGCGCAGGGCCUGGACCCAGACGUCAAGGCUGUGAUCGCAGGACUCGACACCAAGGUCAACUACCACCGCCUUGCCAUCACGCUACAGUAUUUACAACAGCCGGAUAUCAAGUUUGUGGCCACAAACAUCGACUCGACAUAUCCCAACAAGGGCCACAUUCUGCCUGGUGCUGGAUCCAUGAUUAACUGUGUUGCCUUCGCUGCUGGCAGGGAGCCUGCAGCUUGUGGUAAGCCAAACCCUAACAUGCUAAACGCGAUCGUGACGGCCAAACAGCUCAACAGGUCCAAGUGCUGCAUGGUUGGCGACAGGUUGAACACUGACAUCCGGUUUGGAGUUGAGGGCAAACUUGGCGGCACUUUGCUGGUUUUGACCGGGAUUGAGACUGAGCAAAACGCUCUAGACGCCUCGGGCGACCAUCCUCUUCCCAAAUACUACGCUGAAAAGCUUGGUGACCUUUACGAAUUGAUAAACUAA